AUGGCGCCGGCGCUGCGGCCGAGCCCGUCGUCCCGGGGUCUGCCACGUGCCGCGCUCGUGCCGCAGGGCAGGGGUGCCGCCGCGAGGUGCGCGGUAGGGGUGAGAUGGGAGGCCGCGAGGCGGAGGAUGGUCGAGGUGAGGUGCGACGCCGCCGUCGCCGAGAAGCCUGCCGGCGAGGAGGAGACGGCCGGCGAGAAGUUCGAGUACCAGGCUGAGGUUAGCCGCUUGCUGGACUUAAUUGUGCACAGCUUGUACAGCCACAAGGAAGUAUUUCUCCGUGAGCUUGUAAGUAACGCGAGUGAUGCACUGGAUAAGCUGAGAUUCCUCAGCGUAACCGAUCCCUCUGUGCUGGCUGAUGGUGGCGAGUUGGAGAUAAGGAUUAAACCCGACUCAGAGGCUGGGACACUCACUAUCACAGAUACUGGCAUUGGAAUGACUAAAGAUGAACUCAAAGACUGUCUUGGAACCAUUGCACAAAGUGGCACCUCAAAAUUUUUGAAGGCUCUAAAGGAGAACAAAGAUCUUGGUGCAGAUAAUGGACUUAUUGGUCAAUUUGGUGUGGGGUUCUAUUCGGCUUUCCUUGUUGCAGAGAGGGUUGUGGUGUCUACUAAAAGUCCAAAGGCAGAUAAGCAGUAUGUGUGGGAAGCAGAGGCUGACAGCAGCUCUUACAUUAUCAAGGAAGAAACUGAUCCUGAGAAAAUGCUGACACGUGGAACACAGAUUACUCUUUAUUUGAGAGAUGAUGACAAAUACGAGUUUGCUGACCCUGCGAGGAUUCAAGGCUUAGUUAAGAACUACUCGCAGUUUGUCUCAUUCCCCAUAUAUACAUGGCAGGAGAAAUCAAGAACAGUUGAGGUUGAAGAGGAGGAAGAAUCAAAAGAAGGUGAAGAGGCUACUGAGGGUGAAAAGCAGAAAAAGAAGAAAACUAUAACCGAGAAGUACUGGGACUGGGAGUUGGCUAAUGAAACGAAGCCCAUAUGGAUGAGGAAUCCAAAGGAAGUUGAGAAAACUGAGUACAAUGAAUUCUACAAGAAGACAUUUAAUGAGUUUUUGGAUCCGCUUGCUUACACUCACUUCACCACAGAGGGAGAGGUGGAAUUUCGGAGUGUUCUCUAUGUCCCAGGGAUGGCGCCUCUUAGUAAUGAGGAGAUAAUGAAUCCAAAGACCAAAAACAUCCGAUUAUACUUGAGCUUUGUGAAAGGUGGUGUUGACUCAAAUGAUCUCCCUCUCAAUGUUUCUCGUGAGAUCCUUCAAGAGAGUAGAAUUGUCAGAAUUAUGCGUAAGAGACUUGUUAGGAAGACAUUUGACAUGAUUCAAGAGAUCGCCGAGAAGGAUGACAAAGAGGACUACAACAAAUUCUGGGAGAGCUUUGGCAAGUUCAUGAAGCUUGGUUGCAUUGAGGACACAGGAAACCACAAGCGUCUUGCACCAUUGCUGCGGUUCUACUCUUCUAAACAUGAGACAGAUUUAAUAAGUCUGGAUCAGUAUGUAGAAAACAUGCCUGAAAACCAGAAGGCGAUCUAUUAUAUCGCUACUGAUAGUCUCCAGAGCGCGAAGACUGCCCCUUUCUUGGAAAAGCUGGUUCAGAAAGAUAUUGAAGUUCUUUACCUCAUUGAACCAAUUGAUGAGGUUGCCAUUCAGAAUUUACAGACAUACAAAGAGAAGAAGUUCGUUGAUAUUAGCAAAGAAGAUUUGGAAUUGGGUGAUGAAGAUGAGGACAAGGAGAAAGAAAGAAAGCAGGAGUAUACUCUUCUAUGUGACUGGAUAAAGCAGCAGCUUGGUGAUAAAGUCGCCAAGGUCCAGAUCUCGAAGCGACUCAGCUCUUCUCCAUGUGUUCUCGUAUCUAGCAAAUUUGGCUGGUCAGCCAACAUGGAAAGGCUCAUGAAAGCACAGACACUUGGUGACACAUCAAGCCUGGAGUUCAUGAGAGGCAGACGGAUUUUUGAAAUCAACCCUGACCAUCCUAUCGUCAAGGAUCUAAGCGCUGCUUGCAAAAACGAGCCUGAAAGUACUGAAGCCAAGAGGGCAGUUGAGUUGUUAUAUGAGGCCGCGCUUAUCUCCAGCGGGUAUACUCCUGACAGUCCAGCGGAGCUGGGAGGCAAGAUCUACGAGAUGAUGACCAUGGCCCUCGGCGGGAGAUGUGGAAGGUUGGAGACAGAGGAGGCUGAAGUCACCGCCAGCGUUGACGCAGACUCUUCUGAAGGUGCCACGACGGAGGUUGUCGAGCCCUCUGAAGUGAGGACAGAGAGCGACCCGUGGAAGGAUUAG